AUGCCCCGGCUGCUGCUCGCCGCGGUCGUGCUCGCGAUACUCGCUCAACGCGCCUCGGCGCGCACCCGCGCAGCGCCCUCGCCCAUCGCAUCGCCGGGAGGACGCAUCGACGACGACUACGACGAGGACGACGGGUUCGACCUCGACGAGGACGCCUUCCUCUUCUUCGCCGACGAGGAGGAAACGUUCGACGCGGCUGCGGCGGCGAGGGAAGAGCCGGAGCAGGUGGACGUCAGCGGCGGGGGGCGCGUCGGGGAUGCGCUCCCCGCGGAGUCGUUCUGGCGCGCGGUCGCGGACGCGUUGGGGCUGGACAUGUUCGGCAACCCGCGACGGGCGAGCGCGUCGGCGGGUGGAAAAACUUCACGCGCGCGCGCGGGUAGGGCGCGCACGAGCUCCGCGGGUCCCAACGCCUUCUGCCUGAACGUCUCCGAACCGAGGUACUACGCCGCGCCCGCGCAGUGCGCGUGCGACUGCGCCGGGUGCAACUGCCGCCGCUACUACGCGUGCUGGGACUGCGAGGCGAACGGCGGGUGCCUCUCUCAAGCGACGUACCUCUGCGCGGAGGGAGACUUCAGCUACUUCAACGAAGAGCUUCAGGCUUGCGCGUGGGAACAGCCCAGGCCUCUGCCGUACGGGUGCCCGCCCAGGCCUCCGGGGCCGCCGAAACCGCCGCGGCCGCCGCGGCCGCCCGCGGGUCCUCCCAGGCCGGAGAGGCCGCCGCCGCUGCCGGGAUUCCCGUCGCAACCGCCCCGGCCCGUCGGUCCCACGUUUACGCCCCAGCCCGGUCAGUUCCCGGGGGGUCAGUUCCCAGGGGGUCAGUUUCCCGGUCAGUUCCCGGGGCAACAGCCGGGCCAGUUUCCCGGUCAGUUUCCCGGGCAACAGCCGGGCCAGUUUCCCGGGCAACAGCCUGGACAGUUUCCCGGGCAACAGCCUGGACAGUUCCAGCCGGGCGUCGGACAACAACCCCAAAAUCCGGGGCAACAGACGCAAGCCGGAUCGUGCUCGAGCAUUCCCCAGUGUAACUCGUGCCUGCAGACGUCCGAUCAGAGCGCGUUCGUGUGCUGCUGCGAUCUCGAGUGCACGAGCUGGAGCCCGAACCUACCGAACCAGCCGCCGGGUUUCCUCGGCUGCUGCAACGACUACAACCAGGUGUGCGCGCGUCAACAGGGUCGACGUCUUCGUCUCUAG